AUGACAGUGAUAAGCGCUGUAAUAAGUACGAAAAACAAAAUUUUAGUUUCACGGCAGUUUCAGAAUAUUAGUAAAUAUGAUUUAGACUCUCUAGCGAUUCCUUUUCAUAACUUGAUAGAAAGAGAAAGGAGUGAUCAUACAUAUAUAGAAACCGAAAAGGUGCGUUAUGUAUAUCAACCAUUAGAUAAUAUAUAUAUAUUCUUAAUAACCAAUAUAAACUCGAAUAUUAUUGAAGAUUUAGAAAUAAUAAAAGUAUUAAGCCAAAUUAUCCAAGAUAUAUGCCAAGGGAAUAUAAAUGAAUGCACAAUUUUAAAAAAAUGUUUUACUAUAAUAUUUUAUAUUGAUGAAUUAAUUAAAAAUGGCGUAAGAGAAAUAGUAAAUACGAAUCAGAUAAAAGCAUAUAUUGAGAUGGAAUCACAUGAAGAAAAGUUACAAACAUUGAUAAGAGAAAAUAAAGAAAAAGAAGAAAAAGAAAGGAGAAAAUUUAUUGCAUCAAAAUUAGAAAAAGAUAGACAAAAAAAAAAUAAAAGCAGCAGCAUUAGUAAUAAUAGUUUUAUAUCGAAUAAUAUUAUUAAUAGUGUAGAAUAUAAUUCCAAUUUAAUAGAAAACUUUUUAUAUAGAUCUGAAGAACAGCCAACUAUUAUUGAUGAAUCAUUCAAUUCCUAUAAAGGUAUGCAGUUAACAAAUAAAAAGGAAAAUGUUAGAAUAUUAGAUGUCGUAGAUAAUAGUGGAAUAGAAAAUAAAUCAAAUAUUAAUGUUAAUUCCAUUUUUGAUAAACCUGUUAAUAUAUAUAUAAAUGAAAAUAUUAUAUGUACACUAAGCUCUGAAGGAACAUUAUGUGACUUGGAUAUUCAAGGAGUAUUUAAUUUACAAAUCAAUAAUAAUAAAUACUCAAAAAUUAUUAUACAACUAAAUAAUGAGUAUGCAGAUAAGGCGAAAAUACAUCCAAUAUUAGACAAAAAUAAAUAUAAUUCUAAUAUAUUAGAAUUGAAAGAUAAAAAUAAAAAUUUUAGAACAUCUACAGUAUACCCAUUGUUAAAAUGGAAAAUAAACCAUCUUAACGAUAUGUAUCUGCCUCUUAAUAUUAGUUGCUGGCCAUGUGAAGAUAACGAAAGUACAAUAUUAAAUUUGGAAAUCGAAAAUAAAAUGAAAAAUCCAAAUCAAAAUAUAUACGAUUUAAAUGUUAAUUUAAUGUGCCCAUCUUCAAGUAAACCACAAGUUAUUAGUAAGGACCAAGGAAUUAUACAGCAUGAUGGAAUUUUAUUAAAUUGGCAUGUUGAUACUUUAGAAAAUAAUAAGAAUUGUCAAAUCGAAAUAUCUGUUAAUUCAAAGCCUGAACACAUAUUUCCAUUUUCUGUUGAAGCUAAAUCAGAUGUUCUUGCCCACAAUCUUAAUGUUCUUAGUGUUGUAGACGAAGAUACAAAUGAGAAUAUAGAAUAUGAAAUAAAGAAAAGCAUAACCUAUUUGUUUACUGUAAAUAAAUAA